AAAAUCGUACUAAUAUUUUGCCGUGCUCCAUUUCCCCUCGCCGAUCAUUUCGGCAUUUUCCAGACGCCAUGAGAAGGAGCAGAGAACUUCUUCGCCUCUAUAUUUCUCUGCGCGAUCUCAUUACAAAGUCACCAUCUUCUUCUACUCGUUCUUUUCCUGGGCUUGUUAUUCCCUUCAGUUCCUCUUUCUCCUCAACCCUAAAUGGCGAGGACGACAAAAGAUCACCCAAGUCUCAAAGGGAUUUGUUGCUUCUGGAAAAAUUUAGACUUCGAAAACUCAAAGGCUCUUCUACAACUUCAGAGAAGAUAAUGGAAAAGAAUUUGAAAGACGAGGAUGAACGCACUGAGGUAGUGACCAAUUUUAAGAAGUUGGGUUUGUGUGAGAAGCUUAUUGAGGUUUUGGAGAAACUAGGCGUGCUUGUUCCUUCUGAGAUUCAAUGUGCGGGAAUUCCUGCUGUUUUGGAAGGAAAGAGCGUGUUGAUGAGUUCACUAUCUGGUCAUGACAGGACUUUGGCCUACUUGUUACCUCUUAUUCAGCUUUUGAGACAAGAUAGAAAGUUGUCCCAUUCAAAUUUGAAGCAUCCCCGGGCAGUUGUGCUUUGUGCCACAGAGGAGAAUGCUGAACAGUGCUUUAAUGCUGCAAAAUAUAUCAUCCGUCAUGCAGAAUUCAAGUCUACAAAGAAUGAUGCUUCACUAAAUAAUGAGCAGUCAGACGUUUCAAUUGGCCUUGUAAUCGGAUCUCCUAGUGAGAUUCUUCAAUACAUUGAAGAGGGAACGGUUAUUCCUGAAGAAAUAAGAUAUUUGGUAAUAGAUGAUGCAGACAUCAUGUUUGAUAGUGACCUUGGCGGUGAAAUUCAUAAGAUUAUCAGACAAUUACCAGAUUAUACUUCAAAUUUCGCUACGGGAGGAUUGCAAACUGUUCUGGUCACUUCAACAUUAACGGAGGUUUUGGGUGAAGAGUCUCCUGUUAUAAAGCACCUGGAAAAUAAUCAUGCUGGACAUGUUUCUGCAAUGUUGUUAGAAAUGGAUCUUACAGAAGUCUUUCAACUCACAGAAUCCAUGGAUGCUUUGAGGCAAAAAAUGACAGAGGCCAUGAAUUCCUUUCUCAAAUGACAAUAAAACCUUGGCAUUAUAUUUCUUUGGCAUAGUUAAGAAAAAAUGAAGGAAAAAAGAGCUAGUUAGGUGUGUUCUUCCUGUGUAUACUGUUUUUAUCAUGUCAUUGAGGAUAUUUUAGUAGUAAUUUACUUCCUCCUGCCUUGUUGGGGAGAGAGAAGAAUUUUUGUCUUAUUUAUAGAUAAUGUCAUUAAAUUUCAAUUACCAA